AACGAUGAGCAGAGAGUCACAAAAGCAGCAGUAGCCGCAGUCAUCGGUGGUACGCUGGCGACGAGCACUCAAAGCAAUGCAUUUUCCCCGUAAUAUUAUAACAGAAAACUGAUUUUGUGAAUGGUCGCUCCUCGGUGCCAGCAUAACGUAUUGCAAUGGCACCAGGUUGGCAAGAGAUCGCUUCGCAGCACGUGGAGCAAAUAACGGGUAACGUCCGAGAGAUCCUUUCGUACGGCCUCGUCUUUCUGAAGUCCGAGCUCGGAAUAGACUUGGGCUUGAAUCCCGAUCUGUGCGCACCAUGGGUGCUCCUCUUGACGGCCUGGAUUGGUCUGGUUCUCUUGCUGGUUUUAUGGGUGUCGGUGUGUCGAGGUGUCUCGAGAAGAUUGACAGAGACACCGGACACCGGCAUAGAGCCACCGACGAAGAAGCCAGAUAAUAAAGCAGAUGAACCGAAGAAGAAGAACCGGAGAAAGAAUGCAGAAAAGAAAGCUCAAAAGAAUGGUCUUGCUGUUGAACCACAAGAAGAUCCCAAAGUGCUGGACACUACAGGGCCACCAGAAAUGAAGGCAGACAAGGCAAAGAAAAAUAAGAAAAAGCAAAAGGCUCCGGUCAAAGAGAAGUCAUCUGCAUCUGGUGAUGGCAAAGAACCUGAUGAAGGUACCUGGGAGACCAAGGUCAGUAAUCGUGAGAAACGUCAAAAGAAGCGCAAGGACAAAACUCCAGGUGAUGGAUCAGCAAGCCCAGAGCCAACAGAGACUUCCAGUGCCAUUAGUACCAUGGAGCAAGUCCAAACUGCCCCAGACGAACCUGAAACUAACAUCAAAACCACUGCUUCAACACCUGUAGUCCAGAGAGAAGUGGAGGAGAAACCACCUAGAGUUGAAGCAAAUUACGUACGAGACACUGUCGUUCCACAAGUGACUCCAUGUUGGGAAGAAGUGCUGUCUGUUAAUGGUUCUGGCUGGAGUGACCUCAGCCUAAAGCUUCCACCUCAGAUAUCCAGUGUUCAGGCAGAGAGCUGGACCAGCAGGACUGCUGAACCUUCCGUCUGGCCUCAGGAUAUGGAAGGCUCAUGGACCAUUGUUGAUGGAUCUCAAAUUCCAGUCUCAUUCAGUGGAAUAAGUGGCGUCCCUGACCUGAGCUGGGCUCCUCAGCCGCCCCCUGUGAAGGUGGAUGAUGAGUGGUCUGGACUAAACAGCGCAUCUGCCGAUCCGUCGUGCGAUUGGAGCGCUCCAUCGGAGGAGUGGGGGAAUUAUGUGGCGCAACAGCCAGUGAGCGCAGCACCUCUUGAGCAGCCAAUCCCAGAAGUGCCACGGGUGUCUGAAGUGGAGAAGGAGAAAGAUGAAGCUGCUCCACCUGGCAGUGGUAAAGCUAAAAAGAAGAAGAAAAAGAAGAAGGCUGAUGAUGCUGGACCAUCUGCUCAGAUUCCGACCCAAGUGAAGGCAGAGAGAGAUCUGAGCGCGGGACCGCAGACACAGAGCACAGCAGGAAACCCAUUGGCUGCCACGGCAGGGACCCGUGUGGAGGUCCCGGCACAUGCCGUACCAUCAGUUCCAGUACAAACACAGCAGAAAAUAGGUGGACCUGAAUCAACCGACAAACCUGCACCUGUACCAACACAAAAAAAGCCAGAAGAGAGCUUUGAGUCUCCAAAACAAGUCAAGAAGAAGAAGGCCAGAAGGGAUAUAUGAAAGCGUUGCCCGUGUACGGAAGAGAAGACAACAUAUGCAAUCUCUGGGUUGAACAGGAUUACAUACUUCCUGAGUGACUGUACUUUUUUGAUACCUUAAUCCACUGUGUUGUGAAUCCCAUCCGAUUGUCCCGGUCUCAUUAGGUAUAUCUAGCCAAUGUACUGUAACAAAUACAUUGUACGAAAGGGACACUUAAAAUACAAUUUUUUUUAAAUGUAUGUUGAUGAAUUAUACAGUACAUUUGAUAUGAUUUGUACUUGCGGUGAAAUGCUUUUGUAAGUGGAUCUUUCUGGUACUAGGGCUGUAGUGUGUAGUGUCAAACAACACUGACCCCGACAACUAAGAUUUGCGCAAAGGGGAAAUAAGGGGAUCGUCCAAUCCCGGUUGAGGAUCUGUAGAUCACCGUUGACCUGUUUCGUGAGAUUUAUAGUGCACUAACUGAGGUACUUGACCGGUGUGAUUUACAGCAAUGUUGGGAAGAAGUAAACAAAUCAAGCCAUAUGCAAGAACGUCUUUCUGCUGGUACGAAUAGAUGAGCCUAUUAUUUGACUUUUUUUAAACUCAUGCUUUAGUGUAGUAGUAACGUUGGCCGGUUAAUUGUGAUCACAGUGUUACAACAGGUACAGCAGAAAUGUCAGGAAAUUUUUAAUGCCUUAACAUCUUGUGAUGUGCAAGAUGGCAGCAGAGAUCUGUCGGUUGCAUGCGGUUUCCUCUUUCGUAUUUAUUGGUUAAUAAAAGUCAUGUUUAACGAGUAAUAAAGAUUAAAGUUUCUUUGCA